CUAGGCAGGGCACAAGGGCUCAUCUCAGGAAGCAGAGAACGCAGGGAUGUUGAGGGCUACGAGGGCUUCUACGCUAUGCCUUGCCGGUAGGAGGUUUGUGUCGUCGGUGCCGUCCUCCUCGUCUGGCGAACAGGUGCCGAGGGCGUCGGCGCCACCGGUUCCUGAUGUUGAGAUACCGUAUAGCCAGUCCAGCAAAGCUAUUGGCACUUUCACGGCACAGGAGUCGUACAAGAGGGAAUCCUUUGAGAUUCCAGCUGACCAUGGCAGUGGCUCCGGAGGCCCUCCUCGCUGGAGGAAGUUUCUUCCCAUAUUCAUAGGGCUGGGAGGCAUGGCGUGGGGCUAUUUGGCGUAUCAGUUUGUCAUGGACGACACUCCAUUGGAGUACCUCACCACGAAGAGAUUCAUCCCAUUCGUGAUUACAAACAAGCUGGACGUUGACGACGACCACUACUUGGUUGAGCUGACUCCCAAGUUCCAGAAGUGGAAACACACCACCAAGUUUGAGCAGAUCUGGAACGGUAACCAGCUGUGGUCCGUGGAGGUCAAACAACCACAGAUCAUGGUUGUUAGGAAGUAUACGCCACUGCCCUUGGAGCUGUAUGACUCCGAGUUCACCAAGAAGCCCGUGGUGAGAAUCCAGGACGCCAACAGUAGAGACGGCAAGCUUGUGCUGUACAUCAAGAAGUACUCUCAAGGCGAAGUUGCGCGUUGGAUCUACCGUCAGCCUCUGGGCUCUGAGCUGGAGCUACGUGGGCCCUAUGAAGAGUUCAAGUUCCCAAUUACAAAGAACAACAACGUGGAGAGGCCAUGGGUAAAGAACGUUCCGUCUGAGACGCUGGCGGACCCCCAUUGGCCAGAACAACCAAGAAACGUUGCGUUCUUCUGUGGUGGAACCGGAAUCGCACCAGCUUUACAGAUGCUUCUGACCAGAAAUCCAUAUCGUGGGUUCGUUGAUGUGUACUAUUCCCACAAGACAGACUCUGAAGUACCAUUCCCACACCUGUUGAGCGUGUUGGAAAAGAUCGACAGGGCAAAGUUCCAUCAUGAGAAACUUGUGAAACGGGUGCCGAACCCUGCUAAGGACUUGGAAUUGAAGCCCAUUGACACGACAGUGGAGUACAAGUCAGCAUUGGAGCAGGCACAGGCCUCGAGAAAGCUGCCAAAGGAGCCACCGUCAUUGGCAUUGGUCUGCGGGCCUGAUGGAUUCGUCAAGCACAUUGCAGGUGCAAAGCCCUUUGAGAGCCAGGGCCCAUUGGGUGGGUUAUUGGAGCAAAAUGGAUGGAAACAAGAACAGGUGUUCAAGAUGGAAUGAUCAAGUGCUAGAAGCCAUGCUAGAAGCCAUGCGAACUGCUGUAAAUAGGAGAUAAAUAGUACAUUCUAUAAACAUAAACAUACUGU